AUGAUGGGCAGUCAUUCUUUCUUGACAUCAUUUGUCUUUCCUUUCCUUCUACUCAUCAUUGUUCAGCCAUCAAUUGCCAUCUCAGUCUUGACCACUAACGGCACUGUUGUUGGCGUGAACGAUGCUGUCAGCGGUGUCCAGAGAUUUCUGGGCAUUCCCUUUGCGGAGCCACCUGUCGGUGACCUGCGGCUGCGGCAAGCUGUGUCUCUGAGAAAGUCUUUCGGCAAUUUACAAGCAGACAAAUUCGGACCUUCUUGUUACUCUGCGAGGGACCAAGGCAAUUCGAGUGAAGACUGCUUGACGCUCAACAUAUGGAGACCAACGAAUGCGACGUCCAGCAGCAGCCAGUUGCCUGUGUUGGUCUGGUUAUACGGAGGCGGGUUGACGAAUGGUUACACCGCCGAUCCCAGAUUCGAAGGGACUUCUAUAGCACGUAUUUCUCAGGAUAUUGGCAAGCCUAUCAUUCUCGUAUCAGUAAACUACAGACUAGGCCCCUUCGGUUUCUUGAAUGGAAACGAGAUGGCCGAACUUGGUUUGCUCAAUAUUGGCAUGCUUGACCAACGAAUGGCGUUGAGUUGGAUCCAAGAGAACAUCGCUGCCUUUGGGGGCGACCCCAAGAAGGUCACCCUAGCAGGUGAAUCAGCCGGUGCGGUGUCUAUCUACUCCCACAUGAUGGCAUAUGGUGGAAGGAAUGACAGUCUCUUUCGCGGCGCUAUACUGCAAAGCGGCGGAGCAUUUCCAUUGACGCUACCCAAUACGACUGCGUUUCAGAGCACGUUUGAUUCACUGUUCAGGGCAAAGGUGGGAUCGUCGACUGGGCAGUCAGUUGAUGGUGACUUUACCCGCACAUCUAUCCAGCAAGCCCUGCCCGCUGGGCAAUACAUCAAGAUACCCACAGUUGUUGGAGCAAACACCGACGAAGGCACCACAUCGGCGCCGACCGGCAUCAACACAACUGAACAGCUGUUUGAUCCAGUAGCUCAAGGUUACUUCCGCCCGAAGCUAUUACCGAACGAGACGGUCUCAAAACUCAUCAGCCUGUACCCCACAAAUCCCCAGUUAGGAUGUCCGUACAACACUGGAAGCACUCAGUUCACAUCUGGGCUCCUCGACAAAAUGGCGUGCUCCAUCUUCGGUGACAUAGUCCAAAUUGGCCCAGCGCGGAUGAUCGCGCAGACAUUGGCUCGAGAUGGUGUUCCUGUGUACAGAUAUCGCUUCAAUCACUUACAGUCGAACACCUCAUCAAUGACGAACGGCAUCGGAACUGGGGUGGAGCAGCAAUACGUGUUCUCAAACUUGAUUCCAGACCAGCCUUGGGACCAGAACAUGGCAUAUCAGAUGUCAGCCUCGUGGGUCAGCUUUGCUCAUGAUCUUGACCCGAAUACGGGGGUCUCCAGAACUGGACUGCCUUUUUGGCCACAAUACGGCAAGGAAGGAAACAGUAUUGUGUUCAAUGGAUAUGGCUCAUGGAUCGAAGCGGACACAUAUCGAGAACCUGGUGUUCAGUUCAUCAUUGACAACGUCCUGACCUAUGGCGCAUCGUAG